GACUUUAGAUUCAUUCAGAGAAACACCUGUCUAGUACGUCACGAACACAACACUCGUCAAGUCUCUGUACUUUAAUAGAAGGAAAUAUUUUAAUAGAAGUUUAUUGCGAAUAGAUUCGGUUAAAGAGUGGGAAUGACUACUGGAAUAUUCCUGUGAUGUUUUCACUAGCAUAAAUAAAUAAUAAACGAGAUCGAAAAAUCCUGGGAGACGUUAGGGUCUUUCAUAUCCUAUACGAGAAUUCCGAAAAACGACGAAUGAAUCGGUCUAUAAUCUAGCAUUCAUGAGUGUGGAAAAACCAAGGAUUUUCGACUGGCCGAAAUCUGCUGUAAUCGCUAGCUGGGAAUUAUAAUUAUAAUCUAAUUAAUUAUAAAGAAAAUCAAAACGGAGAGUCGGACUAAAUUCGAGCUGAAACCGAGAAAAAGUCUUUAUGUUGUAUCGCAGGAGAAAGAAAAUAUUGCGAUCAUGGAUGUGGCGGCAUGAUUACUGAGAAUUCUAACGACAUGUGAAGAGAAUUUAACACGCGAGUGCAACAGGAGAAUCUAAAUUACAUCAGUUAAAAAUUGAUGAAUGAAGUAGAAAAUAAAAGGAAUAAUGGCGAUAAUCGUAGGAACAAUAGCCGCUGCUGUCAAGGCAGGAGCUCUCCUGUUGGCAGGAAAAUUGGCAGUUCUUCCCAUUUUGAUAGCAGCUAUCGCCUAUUACAAUUAUGACCUUAUGGACCCGGAGAAUCAUCCCCAUGUGACAAAAAAUCUUCGGAGAGAGUAUGACUUCGUUGUGAUCGGUGCUGGCAGUGCAGGAAGUGUCAUAGCUAAUAGACUAACAGAGAUACCAGAAUGGAAUGUUCUAUUGCUCGAGGCUGGUGGACACGAGACUGAAAUAACGGAUGUCCCUAUACUCUCACUGUAUCUGCAUAAAAGUAAAGUUGACUGGAAGUACCGCACGCAACCGCAAAAAUCAGCUUGUCAAGCUAUGAUCGAUCAGCGAUGCUGUUGGACUCGUGGGAAGGUAAUCGGUGGGUCGAGUGUUCUUAAUACUAUGCUGUAUAUCCGCGGCAAUCGUCGUGAUUUCGAUCAGUGGGAGAGUUUUGGUAAUCCCGGAUGGGGAUUCGAUGACGUGCUUCCAUACUUCAAGAAAUCAGAGGACCAAAGGAAUCCCUAUCUUGCACGAGAUAAACGUUAUCACAGUACAGGUGGUUACCUAACGAUUCAGGACGCACCAUACAACACUCCACUUGGUGUAGCAUUUUUGCAAGCAGGCGAGGAGAUGGGUUAUGAUAUCGUGGACGUAAAUGGUGACCAACAAACAGGUUUUGCACCAUGGCAAUACACAAUGCGCCGAGGAACACGAUGUAGCACAGCAAAAGCCUUCAUCCGUCCAAUAAGACUGCGAAAAAAUUUCCACCUCUCCCUGUGGUCGCAUGUCACAAAACUCCUGAUUGAUCCCUCAACAAAAGUCGCAUACGGGGUAGAGUUCAUCAGAGAUGGCCACCGAGAGAUCGUCUACGCCAAGAAGGAAGUGAUUCUUUCAGCAGGUGCCAUCAACAGUCCCCAACUGAUGAUGCUCUCCGGUCUCGGUAAUGCCAAACACCUGCAGCAGGUCAGCAUCCCACCGAUUGUCGACCUCCCAGGUGUCGGUGAGAAUCUCCAGGAUCACAUAGCCGUUGGUGGAAUAGCAUUUCUCAUUGAUUAUCCAAUCAGCAUAGUAAUGAAUCGACUGGUUAAUCUCAACUCUGCAUUGCGAUACGCAAUAACCGAGGAUGGACCACUAACUUCUAGCGUUGGCCUUGAGGCAGUGGCAUUUAUCUCCACCAAAUAUGCUAAUCAAACUGACGACUGGCCCGACAUUGAGUUCAUGUUGACCUCAUCGUCGACGUGUUCCGAUGGUGGAACUCAGGUAAAAAAUGCCCACGGGCUGUCCGAUGAGUUUUACAACGAGGUCUUCGGGGAGAUUAACAAUCGAGAUGUCUUUGGAGUUUUUCCUAUGAUGCUGAGGCCUCAAGCCCGUGGCUUCAUAAAAUUACGGAGUAACAAUCCCCUGGAGUAUCCUCUGCUCUAUCAUAAUUAUCUCACCAAUCAGGCAGAUGUCGAUGUUCUCAGGGAAGGGGUCAAAGCUGCUGUGGCUUUUGGCCAGACAGCGACGAUGCGCCGAUUUGGCGCUAGAUUUCACAGCAAACCACCACCCAACUGCAAACACCUACAACUUUUUACUGACGAGUACUGGAAUUGUUUCAUCAGGCAGUACACCAUGACGAUUUACCACAUGAGUGGCACAGCAAAAAUGGGACCACCGUCCGAUCCCAUGGCCGUUGUUGACCCAGAAUUGAGGGUUUAUGGGGUCAGGGGACUCAGGGUCAUUGACGCAUCUAUCAUGCCCACUAUUACUAAUGGCAAUAUCAAUGCUCCUGUUAUCAUGAUUGCUGAGAAGGGCGCAGAUCUCAUCAAGGCGCAGUGGCUCAAAAGGUGGAAAAGGGAUAAUCGAUCAGCUACUACUAGAUGAUCUUUGAAUAGCUGAAGAGAUAAGUCAUCCUCUGGUCAACAGAUCUUUAGCCUGCUUGAGGGUCUUUGGGAUCUGGUGUUUUUUUAAAUUAAAUUUCAAAGGUAUGAAGGACAAAUUACGUCUUAAAACGUAAUUAUCAAUUAUUAGUAUUUAAUUAUUUCAAAAUUUUUAGGAAAUGCUCGCGAUAAAUGAUUCUUCAAAUAUUCUCCAUUCAUUUCUGUUAUCACGUUUCACUUCUCAUUUGGAAUUUUUUAAUUUACGAAUGAAUUCUAAUUUUUUUUCCUUGUAAUUUGAAUUUAAAUUAAUUGUACAUAAAUUUUCAUAGAAAAUUAUAAUCAAUACCAGGGAAUUUCGCUAGAAGAAAAUCUCGAAAGAUCCUCCUAUAUAGGGAAAUCUACUAGUAUUUAUUUUUUCUAUUCAAUUUUUGUGCCAAUAGGACAUGAGGCAUUUAUCACUCAUAAAGUUCAUUAUUUCUGAAUAUUCCAUUUCACAGAGAAGUAAUUGAGUUCAAUUGAAAGGUGAUAUUUAUAAAGAAGAGGAUAAAAUAGUUCUAGUUGAUUUCGUAUCAAUAAAUCAGCCGAAUCUCGAUUUGUUAGAUUGGUUAUUUAAUACUUGUGGAAUGAUAUUGUUAAUGUCUAUAAAAGAAGUUAGUUAGGUUUUAAGGUAAAUGAUCGUUUCGAUUUGUCGACAAUGACGUGGUCAACAAAGCGGAGCGCAAUUGCUCAAUAAAACCAAGUGGGUAGGUAAGGAAAUUAUUUUUUCUAUACAUCUAGUGAAACUAAUGCUCUCAGUGUGUUCACAUACUACGAUAUUUCUCAAUGAGUUGACGACAUGGUUACAUGUGAAAAUAAAUAUCUAGCUGUGUGUGUGAGUGAAAAUAUUUUUUAUCAGUAAUUUGUUUGCCGUAUGUGAGAGUUUGACGUUCCAAUUGCGUAAUUUGUCCGUUGUAAAUAGGAGAAAAAUUGUAUGGAAAUAAAGGUGGAAGAUCAAUAAG